AGUAGACGAAUUGGUGCUGGUGUUAGUUCAGUAGAAGUUGAAACCUGUUUUGUCCAACACAGAGCGUCUUGAGUCUGACUCAAAGACGAGUUAGAGCUGUCUUAAGUUAUUCUGUCAGCGACGGUCGUUGAAUUCGCAUGCGUUCAAAGUCGUGUUGUUUUGUUCAAGUCGGCGUCGGAUAUUAUCAUAUUGAACUAGUGCAAAAAAUAAAUAAAUGACAAAUAAAAAACAAAAAUAUUAUAAACAAAUAGUUUCUAGUGAGAAGUGAAUUUCUUAGUGAAGACAGGGAUUAUCACUCGUCAUUUAGUUUGUAGUGAUCAUUGAAAAGCCAUCUAGUGUUAUCGCGGGUGGACCUUGCUGCAAAUACCUGUAGUUUUAGUGUAAUGGUCUGAUUGGCAUUGCACCGCAACGAAACACUUUUGCAUGUGUGUUCAAUGACUAAAAUGAUUCCACCGGUUCCUACAUCUGCUGUGAUGAUGCCCACGCCAAAGCAAAAGAUUGGUUUCAGCAUUGAAUCGAUAGUCGGUAAUGAUGCCGCACCAUCAACAAACUCGCCAACUGCACUGUUAAAAUCAGAGUCCCUGCAACAACAACAAAAUCACCACCAAAGUCUCCAUCAGCAACAGAGGCACGAUAUCCAGGACAUUAUCACUCGGUUGCAUAAUUCAACAAAUAACGUGUUUAGUUCAUCGCAUAAUAAUUUGAGUCCGCCGCCGGUACAAACCCGGUUAACACCGGACGAUCAAGGGUCACCUCCAUUGAAAAGACUUAGAACACCAUCUCCCCUGCCAUCUGCAACGUCACCUCAGCAACAAAAUCUUUGCAAUAUGAGUAAACAAAGUCCCAUUGUGGUGCCUGGCAUGCCGCCGGGUCUAAUCAGACCGUUUCCAGUGCCGCCACCUAAUCUGCCAGAUAUUAAAGCAAUCCCGCCGUAUAUUGGUUCUCCGGAAAUGGUAGCACCUCAACAUAACCCGCAUUUAUUGGCCGCCGCACAAUUUCAAAUGGCUGCUGCUCUGCAAGCUGGACAUGUCCUGGGACCAGGCGGUCUACCACCUCAUGCCCCAUUUUUGCCGAAUCCUGGUAUGACCCGGGAGAGUUAUCCUUUAUAUCCGUGGCUGUUAACACGACAUGGAAGGAUAUUUCCACAUCGAUUUCCAGGAAAUUUCCUCCUACAACCCUUCCGUAAACCAAAACGUAUUCGAACAGCAUUUUCACCAUCACAGCUCCUUAAACUGGAACACGCUUUUGAAAGCAAUCAGUACGUGGUUGGCGCAGAACGCAAAGCGCUUGCACAAUCCCUAAAUUUAUCUGAAACUCAAGUUAAAGUGUGGUUCCAAAAUCGACGAACGAAACACAAAAGGAUGCAACAAGAAGAUGAGAAAGGAUCUGGAAAUGGUCAACAGUCCUCCAAUUCCGAUCGGAAUGCAAGUGGAGCGAGCGGAGAUGAAGACGAUGAUGAGCUGAUCGACAUGGAAAUGGAUGAUUGUCCCAGCGACGAUGAGCUCGAAGGACAUCAAUAAAACUGUGUAAAGUUAGAUUUUAAUUUAAUUUUGCAUUUUCGAUGAACUAUGAAUUGAUGAAAUCAGGACUGAGACAAAAGUAUUGAACCACUCGUCAGAGCCAAGUAGCACAACCGAAAUCAGAUUUUUGAGAACUUGGAUCCCGCUCCGACUCCUUCAGUACUUCAAGGAUAUGUGAACGUCUUAAGGAAGAUUUCAUGAAUUCCAAACUGUACAUAGCAUUUAAAUUAUACUUAUGUGAUACAAAAGGAAACUUAAGCGUAUUAUUUUAAAUGUGUUUCGAGCGAGUAUGACUGUAUGUAUGGCUGUAAGUUCCCAAUAAACUAUUGAUAUUUGAAUGGAUGUAAGUGCGUGGGAGCCAGAGGAGUAAAGUAUCAACUCAGCCAAAAUAUUAUAAUAUCAAAUGAAGGUGUCUAGAGUGCCAAAAGCCCAAAGCCUUCGCUUCACUUGUUAGACUGUUUACAAUACUGUAAUAUUUAAACAUUUCAAACCCCAGUUCAAAUCAUAAGAAUGUUAACUCUUUAUAAAUUUAUUGUACAAAUGCUUUCCCCCAUUUUAUUCCUUCCUUUUACGAAAGUACUUAUUUAUAUGCAACCCUAAUAGUCGUAAUUGAAUUUAUGCGGAGUUAAUGAUUUUCGAUUGAGUUUCUUUUGUUGUAAAUAGCGAUCUGAUUCGAACUUGUGAAUAUUAGGAGAUAUUAGAUUACAAAUUUUGUGUUGUGCAUGGUUGCAUGCCUCAACUGCAAUUUAUAAUAAUUUAAAUUUGAGAUGAAUUUAUGUCGUAGUCAAUAAAUAUGUACAUGAUAUAAUGUAAUGAAGAGUUUUCUGCUAUCUGUAGGGAAUUUAAAAAUUCAUCUGGAUUGAAUAUUAGUUUAAAAAUAAUGAAAAAAAUUAAUUUAAUUGGAUAUAUUUAGAGAUAUAAGAAGAAAAUAAAAGAUUUUUUAUGGUAA